AUGAACAUAGCUCGCCCCAGCUGUGCCCCCCUUAUCAUGAUGACUCAAUCUUCAACCAUCCUCGUUUCGGACAUGGUCAUGCCAGUCACCAGUGAUCCGUUUGAAGUCCCUGCAGCAGGAGAGAUUGAGUGCUCGCAACAGGUUUUACCCAACCCCACUGAUUUCCUGAGUUCUGACCUGCCUACCUCUCCACCAAUUGCUUCUGUUCUUGGUGUAGGCCUGAUGGAUUCUGAAAUGACUGCUGCCUUUGGUCAGGCUGAAGGCCCUGUGCAAGGAGCUGUUGAUAUCUCUUCUCCUACCUUGACUGGUCCUCCAAGUUUUGACUUGCCCAUCUCUGUACCCAUUCCUUCUGCUCUAAAUGUGGAAAUGAUGCCUGCCAGAUUCUCGACAAACAUACAAGCUGACACUAUAAACAACAUUUCAGCUAAAAAUCUGAUGACAGGUGAUAACUAUGGUACCAUCAAUCAAGGUGUGGACCCAGAUCUUCGAAUCACACUUGAGAUGAUUAAGAAUGAACAACUGGCAAAAGAGAUCUAUAAGUGGCUUUCUCCUUCUAAAGAGUCUCUUAACUACAAUGCUGCAUAUGCAAUUACGGAGAGUCAACCAAACACCUGUCAAUGGUUUCUCAAAGGAAAGACAUUUUCUGGGUGGCUCAAACAGCCUGGCUUUCUCUGGAUCAAAGGAAAAUCUGGCUCUGGGAAAACCAUUUUAAGCUCAGCAAUAAUUCACAAUGUUCUUCAAAGAUUCAAUUCUGCUACUGCAUAUUUCUUUUUUGAUGGAAGGGACUUACAGAAAGAUUUUCAGCUGCAUGAUAAAUUGAUGCGAUCACUCAUCUGGCAAUUCAGUCUCAAAUGUGGGGAUAGAGUACCUAAAGUCUUGGUGGAUCUUUAUGCUUGCUGUGGCAAUGGCCAUCAGGAGCCAACUCUGGAGAAUCUGCAGAAUACUCUUGGAAUGAUUCUUGGUGGCUUUAGCUCAACAUUCAUUAUUCUGGAUGCUCUUGAUGAAUGUACUGAGAGAGAGAAGCUUCUUAACUGGAUUCAGACUAUUAUACUGGAGAAUCCAGGGCUCCAUUUUAUAGUUACUAGUCGCCCAGAGCAGGAGAUUGAGGACAAGCUCAAGUCUUAUCAUUAUCUUGACUUAGCUGAAGAAUCUGAGAAUCAUGAGCUUGAAGCCUAUCUUGAUUAUCAGCUUGACAAUGACUCUAACUUGCAAAAAUGGAAUUCUGACACUCAAAAGCAAAUAAAGUUGACAUUGAUGAAACAAGCAAAUGGAAUGUUUCGUUGGGUUGCAUUGCAGCUAAAUGAACUCAAAGAGUGCCGAACAAAGACUGAUCUGAAAAAGCAGCUAGCUGAUCUACCCCAGGGUUUGGAUAAAACAUAUGACCGAAUCUUGCUGGGAAUUAAUAAAAGAGAUCUUGGUUAUGCCAAAAUAUUUUUACAGUGGCUGUGUUUUGCUGUUCGUCCAGUGACACUAGAAGAGCUGGCUACAACUGCUGCUGUUGAUCUUGCUGCUGAGAAUGAACCAGAGUAUAAACCUGAUAAUGAACUUCAAGACAUCAAGGAUGUCUUGAAAAUAUGUUCUAGUUUCAUUAUGAAAUCAGGUAGAUUUAUCAAGCUUUCCCACUUUUCUGUCAAAGAAUAUCUCAUAUCCCAGUAUCUUCAAAAUCAUGCCAUCAAGGAAGUCAGAGACUUUAGCUUCAAUAAGGAGUUGUCACACUCUGUCAUAUCUCAAAUCUGUCUGGCCUAUCUUCUUCAAUUUCAUACAUCUGAGCCACUUAGCAGAACUGUGAACAUAUCAUCCCCACUUGCAAAAUAUGCAGCAGAGAACUGGAUUCUGCAUACACAUCAUAGUGGCAAAAAUAAAUCUCAGUCAUCUCCUGUGUUUGUAUUGGCUAUGAAGCUUCUGACAGAUGAAAAUGCUGCUUUUCUGAAUUGGGUUCGACUUUGUGAUGUGGAUUGCUAUAACCAUAUGAAGUUAGAAAAACAAAAAUCUGAGAUUGCUAAACCACUAUACUAUGCAUCACUGACUGGAUUGACUGAGGAGUCAUAUGCUUUGCUAGAAAUGGGGGCAGAUAUAAAUGCAUGUGGGGGGAGAUAUGGAAAUGCACUCCAGGCAGCAUCAGAUAGAGGCCAUGAAGAAAUUACAAAGCUGCUGAUAGAGAAGGGGGCAGAUGUAAAUGCACAUGGAGGAGUACAUGGAAGUGCACUUCAUGCAGCAUUAUAUCAUGGUAAUGAGGCAAUUGCAAGGCUGCUGAUAGAGAAGGGGGCAGAUGUAAAUGCACAGGAAAGAGAAUAUGGAACUGUACUUCAUGCAGCAUUACAUAGAGGCUAUGAGGCAAUUGCAAAGCUGCUGAUAGAGAAGGGGGCAGAUGUAAAUGCACAGGAUGGGGAACAUGGAACUGCACUUCAUGCAGCAUCAUAUACAGGGCAUGAGGCAAUUGCAAAGCUGCUGACAGAGAAGGGGGCAGAUGUAAAUGCACAGAAUGGAGGAUACUAUGGAAAUGCACUUCAUGCAGCAUUAUAUAAAGGCUAUGAGGCAAUUGCAAAGCUGCUGAUACAGAAGGGGGCAAAUGUAAAUGCACAGGGAGGAUGCUAUGGAACUGCUGAUAGAGAAGGGAGCAGACAUAAAUGCACAGGAUGGGGUUAUGGAACUGUACUUCAUGCAGCAUCAUAUGCAGGCUAUGAGGCAAUUGCAAAGCUGCUGAUAGAGAAGGGGGCAGAUGUAAAUGCACAGAAUGGAGAACAUGGAAAUGCACUUCAUGCAGCAUUAUAUAAAGGCUAUGAGGCAAUUGCAAAGCUGCUGAUACAGAAGGGGGCAAAUGUAAAUGCACAGGGAGGAUACUAUGGAAAUGCACUUUAUGCAGCAUCAUAUACAGGGCAUGAGGCAAUUGCAAAGCUGCUGAUAGAGAAGGGGGCAGAUGUAAAUGCACAAGGAGGAUGUUAUGGAAGUGCACUUUAUGCAGCAUCAUAUAUAGGGCAUGAGGCAAUUGCAAAGCUUCUGAUAGAGAAUGGAGCAGAUGUAAAUGCAUGGAAUAGAGAACAUGGAACUGCACUUCAUGCAGCAUCAUAUGCAGGCCAUGAGGCAAUUGCAAAGCUGCUAAUACAGAAGGGGGCAGAUGUAAAUGCACAGGGAGGAUGCUAUGGAAAUGCACUCCAGGCAGCAUCAGAUAAAGGCAAUGAGGCAAUUGCAAAGCUGCUCAUAGAGAAGGGGGCAGAUGAGUCACCCUCUCACUCCUAA